UUUUUCUUUAAUGGGUUUAGCCCACCAGCGCCUAGUAUUUGAUCUUCCACCCCACCUCUCUCCCCUAUAACUACUAAGCCCUUCUCUUUCCAUUCUUUCACAUUUUCCAGUCCUUUUACAAAAGUAUUUUUCAAACUGCUUGAAAUCCCUCUCUCCAUUACAAGAACUUUUAGUCAUCCUAAACCACCUCCAAGUAGCUUGGAGACUACACAUAAAGAGAAAGGUUUCAAAGGAAUUUUUUUUUUCUUUUUAUAUAUAAAAAAAGAAGCCAUAAACAAAUAUGUCUAGCAGAAGGUCCAGGCAAUCAUCAGGGUCUACUAGGAUUUCAGAUGAUCAGAUUAUUGAGCUCGUCUCAAAGUUGCAGCAACUUCUUCCUGAGAUUCGUACAAGGCGUUCCAAUAAGGCAACAGCCUCAAAGGUGCUACAAGAGACUUGCAAUUACAUCCGAAACUUGCACAGAGAAGUUGAUGACCUAAGCGAUCGUCUUUCUCAACUUCUGUCCACCAUUGAUGCCGAAAGCCCUGAAGCUGCAAUUAUUAGAAGCUUACUAUCUUAAUAUAGCAAACUAGCCGAUGAUGAUGUAUAAUUUAGCCAGUUCCUUGAGAGACUCCGGGGCUCGGCCCGGCCGGCGGCUUAUUCCGGCGGCCAUUGCCGCUUCGUUUCCGAGAAGAGCUAGAGCUGAAAUUUGAUGAUUUUUUUUUUUACUUUGGUCCAACACUUUCUACCUUAUUAUAGAACUUUUUAGUAGUACUUACAUUCUACAAAUACUAGUACUAGCUAGCUAGUACCCUACUGAUAUGAAUUUUUAGACGUUGGAAUUAAUAUCUUUGUUCCCCCCUCCAAACCUUAGUCCUGCCUCUGUGGGUACGUUACGUAACUUCUCUUUUGUAAUAUUCUCUAAGUCUAUGAAUUGAAUAAUAAUAAUAAUAUAAAAAAAAAACGGGUUGUUGUACUUGGAAAUGCCAACACUUGCUUUGCAUGUACGUAUAGAUUUAGUUUUCCUUCUCCGUAGAAUAUAAUACUAUAUAUCUCUAUUUUGACAGUAAAUAAAAUAAUUAUUUUGGGACAAAUGUACGUGUAAUAAUUUUUAAAUUUGGGGUUUGGAUUAUGUGCAAAAUUUAAUGGAAUAGUUAAGACUACUAGAGUGUAGUUUUUUUUUUCUUUUUUGGGUUAAUUUUUAAAGCCACCACACCUGGUUUACUAACCAUGGUUGAAUUGACUAUUGAGUUCCAUGAGUCAACUUGACUGAGGAUAGAGACAAAGAAGAUUAACAAAUUGAGGAGACAAGCAGGAGGUAAAAACAAACUGGCACUGCAAUGUAUCAUGGGAUUUUGUUAUCAGAAGAUCAACAUCCUCGCCG